AAAGUCGCAUUGUGCAUUUUAAGUGGGGAAGUGAAACAUGCUACAUGUUCCUGCGUUGCUGGGAAGGUUGGUUUUUGUAACCAUAUAUUAGCACUCUUGAUGAAGAUUUGCAAAUUCUCAUUAUAUGAAUGUAAAACUGUCCAUGAACUUGAAAACGAAGAAGACAUGCAGCCAAAGCAAGCAUGUACUUCCUCUUUACAGAGGUGGCAUAGGAAGGGAAGAGGAGACUCUAUAAAUCCACAACCAGCAAUGGAGGUGCUUGUAGCAAAGACCUACCUGGAGCAGCCCAGAUCAUCAGCUCGAGAACCUGGUGUCAGAUGUACACUAUAUGAGGCAAGGAAUAAUAUACGGGGGCAAAAGGCAGAUGAAGAGAAACUAUUGGCAACCUUGAAAGAAUUGAACCCAAAUAUGGCCCUAGCACAGAUUAUGACCCCAAAGGCUGAUUCUAUUCCCUUAGUAGAAACCAAAUUUGGCAGAAGUCCACAAGGCUCGUAUGCUAGCUAUCAACUUGCAGUGACCGAAGAUAAUUUCAAAGUGUUUUGUGACAUCACGUCUAUCCCAAGGGCAAACCCUGCCAACCAUGGUGAGCAUAUUGUGACAUAUCCAAGAUUUCCCCUAUCAAGUCAGUCUAAUGAACAGUUUGAGAUACCUGCUGAUCUUUCAGAAGCAGAAAAAUCACUGUUAAAGGAUCUGCAAGUUGAUGAAGAUAAACUGAAUGGCAUUGAAAUUAAAACACGCAGCCAAUCAGAGUGCCCUGAAUGGAAGUUGGAAAGGAAAUUCCGAUUUACUGCCUCCAAUUUUGGUCUUAUACGGGACAGAAAAAGAAACCAUGAAUCUUUAGUACAAAAUCUUAUAAAUCCAAAGCCUUUUUCAUCAAGAUAUACUAAUCAUGGACUUAAAUAUGAGCCAAUUGCCUUAGAACAAUACCAAACAUAUAUGUCCUCUAUUAACAAGUCAGUGAAGGUUUUUAAGUCAGGACUUGUAAUAAGUAUGGAUGCCCCAUACUUGGGUGCAUCACCAGAUGGCAAGGUUAUUGAUCCUGGAUGCUCUGAUCAAUUUGGUCUUUCUGAGGUCAAGUGCCCAGAAACCAAGUACUUAGUCACCCCACUGGAUGCAUGCUCUGAUAGCAGCUUUUUCAUGGAAGAAGUCGAUGGAAAGCCUAAACUUAAACGCACCCAUAAAUACUAUGUCCAAGUGCAAGGGCUGAUGGGUGUGACCGGGGCAAAGUGGUGCGAUUUCAUCGUCUACACCAGUAAGGGAAUGAGCAUCGAGCGAAUUCCAUUUGACGUGCAAUUUUGGAACAAUUUAAAGGACACAUUGAAACUGCAUUAUUUUAAACACUUCCUAGCUAUAGCAGCUAGAGAACCAAGAGCAUAAGGCAAAGUCACUGUUAUUAUAAUAUGCAUGUUUACUACAUGGUGA